ACUUUUCUUAUCAUUAUUUUUCUGUUCAAUUGAUUGCUGCCGCUCUCGAUUGUGUAUCUGAUUUCUAAAUUUACCAAGCGCGCCAAGACCGAUGUUCAUCGGAGUCGCUACAAGGUUGCUGUCGAUGCUGAUGAGGGUCGUCGAAAGAGGGGAGAUAACUUGGUUGAGAUCCGCAGAAAUCCACACCGUCUGCAGCCGAUCUCAGGAGAAAACAACCUUAUUCGCCUCCGAUAAUGGGGAAACUUACGAAGCCGUCCUGGAUGAUCCAGAUGUCGACAUCGCCUAUAUUCUAGAAGCCUGCGAAGAAAACGACUUUCAGUUCAUGGAUUCUACAAUGUGGAUGCAUAAUCCUCGCACUGCUAAGAUGAGAGAAUUCCACGAUGAUCCCCUGCUUUUUGGUCAGCUUAAGAAGCUUUGAUUCUGAAACCCUAGCCGAAUUUUGAAUGCAGUUUGUGGUUCUAACUGUAACAGGUGCACAGCGUCUUCAAAUUCGCGGUUAAAUUGGAAAGGAGUGAUUUGCUCAGACGACUAUCUACAUUUAAACUCUUGUAGACCAUGGCUGCCAGUUCAUUGACAUGUGCUAGAAGAGGCUGGAUGAAUAUUGAUGUUGAUAAGAUUGAGUGUGAGUCGUGCAAUACAAAUCUAGUGUUUCUUGUAUCAGCUUCCAGGACUCCUGACGAAGGUGA